CAGCAGCACAAUUCCAACAGCAUGGACUUACAUUCAGUCGUUUUAACAACCAGCGCGUCUGUCGGCUUUUUUAAACUGGUAAAUUACGGACUGGGUAAACUACCAUUGCCGGAAACAGCUAAGAGAAAUACGUGGAAAUGGAGAAAUGUCUCCACAUCUUUCGUUCACAGCUUUAUUACUGGAGUAUGGUCUGUGCUCUGUUUCUGUGUGCACCCCCAGAUGGCUAAAGAUUUAAUAGAGACACAUUCCGUCUUCUCACAUUCAUUGGUGUGUGUAUCAAUAGGAUAUUUUAUGUAUGACUUCUUUGAUAUGGUCUUCAAUCAGAAAAUCAACCAGUCAUGGGAACUUCUUUUUCAUCACACAGUGGUGAUCACUUGCUUUGGGAUAUCCGUGCUGACGUGCCGCUACGUGGGCUUUGCUGUGGUGGCCUUGCUUGUGGAGAUCAACUCUAUAUUCCUCCACCUGAGACAGAUGCUUCGUAUGGCUAAUAUUUCCAAGAGCACGGCAUACCGUGUGAACAGCAUGAUCAACCUCGGCACGUACGUGGUGUUCCGCAUCAACACGCUGGCGUGGAUGACACGCUGGUUGGUGCUGAAUCGUGAGCUCAUCCCCUUGAUAAGCUACACAGUGGGCAGUGUGGGUCUGGCCAUCAUGACCCUCAUGAACAUUGUGCUCUUCUACCGACUGCUGCGCACUGACUUCCUCAAGUCCAGCCGCGAAAAGGAGGUCAAGAAGGACAAGGACAUGUAAGAGGUGGCGGAAAGCACUCGUCAUUGUUUAAAUUACACCACUGUCAGCCAGAAGCCCCCAUUCUUUGUCUUCCAGAUGCUGGCAUCUGAUGCUUUUUUGACUGACAGGAAGACUGUUCUUCUGUUUCCAGGCUGCUGACUUAACCUUUACCAGUUUAUUCAUGUAAUCAGGUUUAUAUGUGUUUAAAGGCUAAAUGAAUGAUGCAUAUGUGCAGUCAUGUAGAAGUGCAUUCCAUACAAUAGUGACUAAACUGAAAGUGUAUUAAAGGUUUAGGAUGGAAACAACCAAUGAUAUAGUCAUACAUAAAAUCAGCGCUUAAACACUUAAACAUUCCUGAGUGGUGUAGAUUGUAGAAAUGAUGGCAUAAGUGCAAACACUGGCUCAUAACAAUAACACAGCUAAUGCUGUGGUAAAGUCCUAAAGAAUACACUGUAAAAUGCUAAAUUUAAAUGAAUAAAUAAAUAAGCUACUGUAGAUGUGUAAUAAAAUUUAUUUGACUUGCUGA